UCGGAAGAUUGUGACUUGGAUGGACCUCCAAAAAUUCUGCAGGUUUUGAUGUGCCGGCCAAUGUCUACCAGAUAUGAAGGUGAACCUUGGAAAUUUUGGUCCCAGUUGAUGACUUAAAGCGCAUCUAUAAAGCAAACCAUCCAUGAAUGUCAUGUCAACUAGUCUCCAAUCAUGAUUUGCUAAUUGAUGAGACGCACCAUUCCGGCCGUCGGAUCACGAUGAGCGGCACGUGUCAAGGAAGAUCUGCAUCCGCGAGCGAAGUAACCUGCGAGAAAAGCCACGCCCUUGUAUAUAGUCCCCAGGAGUUUUCCAACGAGGGCUGGCCUCUGUCGACCCCCAAUCUCUCUCUCUCUCUCUCUCCAAUGGCGAGCGCGGCAUCAGCUCCUUCGAGAGCCGAAGUGCUUUCCUUGUUCCGCUCUCUCCUCCGAACGGCCGCCAAGUUCACCGACUACAACGUGAGGGAGUACGCCAAGAGGAGAACGAUCGAUGGGUUCCGGGAAAGCCAUACGCUCUCGGAACCCUCCUCGAUUUCUUCGGCCUUCGCCGACGGGAGGAACCAGCUCGAGAUCGCGAAGAGGCAGGCCGUGGCGUACUCUCUCUACGCUCCAAAGGUUAAGAACGUGAUGGAGAUCAGGAGCGGAUGAGGUAUCUGAUCGAAAGGUUUUCCAUCGGAAGGCAUUUCGUUCUCAUUUCAAUUCCUCAUUUUUGCGAUCCCAAAUCCAAAAGGGUGCUUCAUACCAGCAUAAGGGAUGCAGCUGCCUCAACUGAUGAAGCAUGUCGUAUAUGCUAGCUAUGUAACUGAAAGCUGUAACUUUUAGGUGUUCAGAGUAACUCGGAUAUUGUGAUCAUGAAUUUAAAGAUUCAGACUUGUAUCAGUUUCUCUUGAUUUACAUGAAACCAAUGAGCAGAGAAGCAGUCAUACCCUUGGUUUUGCUGAGACUGAAUUAAAAAUACCUUAGGGACGCGGCAUAUUUAAGUGCUCGAGAUUGUUUUAUGUUUCUGAUAGCUUGAAGCUUAUUACAAUCAUUAGUUCACUCCACAGGAAGCACCAUUUGAUCAAAAUACAACAGGUGUAAAAGCACCAAAGGAAACUGUGCACUCCAGUCAUGGUUAGCUUGGCGUUGCCUGGCAAAAUUAACCAACCCAUCUGCAUCUGAUUGGCCUUGCAGUUGUGCCUUACUAUACAGUGCAAGUUGAUGAAGAACUUGUGUAUCCUGCAUGAUAGGGCUGAUUGUUCAAGAGAUUUUCCUAACUUUUGUUAAGAAUCUGUACUGAAGGAAUUAGGCCCAACAAUUUAACCUAGUUUAGCCGAGAGCAUUGCUUCGGCCUCAGCAAAGGAGACAUCCGGCGGAAGGACUCGGGCAGAUACGAAAGGUUAGAAUUAUGAUCUUUAAAGACAAACCCCGCCACCAGAAUGUUGGUAUUAGAGUAGAUGCAGCGAUUGCAGUACUUAGCCUGGCGAAGCCACCUGACUCCUCUUCAACCCGAAGCAAGGAAGAGAAUUUACUGCAGACUGUCUGGAACUGAUCUUGCCAACCCUGUUUGAUGAUUCCUAUCAUCUUCAUAUCAGAAAAAGGAUCUCGAAUGGCAUGGAACUGGCUCUUAUACAAGAGAAAAGAUGAUUGCUGGGUAAGAGCCCUUACACAAAUAUAGAAAUGUGAAGAAUUGGUAAACUACUUGAAUCGACCAAGGAAGCUCUUCUCUUCAGACUAUGUGACUGACUCCUCAAACCACCUUUCUCCUUAGUCUCUGGUCGGCUUAGAAACUUUGCUUCAAUUAGUUAUAAUGGCAGUAGUGAUGCUCAUAUGAUCCUGAAACACUAGCAUUUAGUUCCAGAUCUCCCAAAGAGUAUGGCAAACAAAGUACGCUGGUGAGCAUUGAUAAGUGCUCAAGCUUUUGAAAUAUCAACUUGUAAGUAUUUUUGAGUAAAGUUGUCGCGCCCCGAGCUCAGAGCAUAACAGAUGUCGCAUACUUGCAUGGCAAAUCAUACAAGCAUUUAACUAAUUUUCUUGGCAGCACACAUUGACAACCACUCGGCACACAUCUUUCUUGACUUGGCACACUCCUUUAAUUUGAUGGAAAGUUGUUAUUUCUAUAUGGCACACACUUAUGUACAUAUGGCACACACCACUCUUGCAUCUAGACAUCAUUAUUUCUUGGUAGCACACACUGAUAACUACUCGGCACACAUCUUUCUUGACUUGGCACACUCCUUUAAAUUGAUGGAAAGUUGUUAUUUCUAUAUGGCACACAUUUAUGUACAUAUGGCACAUACCACUCUUGCAUCUAGACAUCAUUAUUUCUUGGCAGCACACACUGACAACCACUCGGCACACAUCUUUCUUGACUUGGCACACUCUUUUAAAUUGAUGGGAAGUUGUUAUUUCUAUAUGGCACAUACUUAUGUACAUAUAGCACACAUCUCUCUUGUAUCUAGACAUCAUUAUUUUUUGGCAGCACAUACUGAUAACCACUUGGCACUCAUCUUUCUUGACUUAGCACACUCUUUUAAAUUAAUGAAAAAUUGUUAUUUCUAUAUGACACUCAAUAUAUCAUUUAUCUAAUCAUUAUUAUUUCACAAUAGUAAUAACUUUAAACCAUUAGGCACCUAUUUACUUGCAUUCGGUAUGGACUUUUCACUUGCCGGCAUACACUUAGCUCCAUUUGGCACACACCUAUCUUCUCUACGCACAUCAUUAAUUCUUGCUGGCACAUGCUUACAAACACCAGGGGCACAUAUAAUUUCAUUUGGCAUUUAAAGAAAUACAUACACUUAGUUGGAUAACUCUUUUGUUUUAGUUACCUUCAUCUAGCUAUAGGGAACCUCAUCCAAUGGAAAGCAUAGAGAAACGCAUGAGAUUGGUUGAGAGGUGUUUAAGAACACAUGGCUUUAGUUUACAAGACCCUGAAACUGUUGGGGAUGACGAAGAGGGGGACGAUCGCCGAUUGGUCCUGAUAGAUAAGAGGUUGUCCAGAGUCGAAAAGGUCCUCCAAGAUAAGGGUCUCUUGUUAGAUGACCAACGAAGUGAGCAUGCGACCGGUUCUACUGUGGUGAGGGAAGAGUAUACUGCAGUUGGUGAAGCUCUGGACCAAGCUGCAGCGGAAUUAGAGGAUUUGCAAUAUAGUACAGAAAUGGUGGAGGUUAUUUGGCCCACUGAUGUCCAAGGCAAAAAGUUCCUUCGAGAUGCCAAAGUUUUUGAUGAGGCUAUGGAUCAAGGUGAAGCGGAGAAGAGGAUAUGCACCAUAGUGCAGAUGACUUGGAGGUUAUUUGGGCGACUGAUACUCCUUGCGAGAAGAAAUGUGGAUCGACUGAUACUCCAGUAUUAAUAAACGGUGUGCUAGGGAUUACUGUAUGCUGAGAAGUACUUAUGUCUGACAUGUUGCAUAACCAGAUGUGUGCCAUGGUGUGCCAAGGAUUGCUUACUACCAAUCGAUAUAGAGACAUGCAAUCAUCUGAAUUUCUUGAAGUUUGUGUCUUAUAUUUUUGCAAUAACAUCAACAGUAAGAGUGUGCCGGGGCAAAUAGCACACUAAAGUAUCUGAAAUUAUUUCAAAGCCAACUCAAAAACCUCAGAUAGUCUAAAACAAGUGUGUUCCAAGCAAACGUUGAUGGGUGCAAAUCUUAAUAACAUGUGUGCCAGGCUUUCAUAAGUGUGCACACCACAUACUGAAAUGUGUUCCAAGCAUAGUUUAUUGUUUGCAUAGAAUGAACAAUUAUGUGC